AAAAAAAAAAACUUAAUUCAUCGCCAUAAUCACCAUUGCCAACAAUGAAGAAAAUUGCCGAGCUAGUGCUGAUUCCUGCUCCAGCAUUAGGCCAUCUCACACCCAAAAUUGAGUUCGCAAAGCGCUUGCUGGAUCGCGAUGAUCGAUUUUCAAUAACUGUUCUCAUAAUGAGGCCUGGUCCUGUUCCUGAUGCCAUUCUAGCACAUGUUGAAUCACUUGCAGCCUCCGAUACUCGAAUAAAAUUCAUCAAUCUGCCCCGUUCUGUUGAUCACAAUCCUUUGAUGGAGCUUCCCAAGUCCGCGGACAAGUUAUUCUCAGAUCUUCUGGAAGCCCAGAAGCCUUAUGUUAAAGAGGCUAUUAUAAAGCAUGUGAUUUCUAAUCCAAACUCAGCUCCUCUUGCUGGAUUGGUGGUCGAUUUCUUUUGCACAUCAAUGAUCGAUGUUGCGAAUGAGCUUGGGGUGCCUUCUUAUUUGUUCUUUCCAUCCACUGCUGCUUAUCUCGGCCUUCUGCUAAGCCUUUUGGAUAGACAUGAUCAGGGAGGCAGAGAAUUUGAAGACAUAGAGGCUGAUUAUGUGUUCAAAAGCUAUGUCCCUCCAAUUCCUAGCAGAGUUUUGCCAAUUUUUACGUUCAACAAGUAUGGUGGCUACGCUACACGUGUGAACCACACAAGAAGAUUCAAAGAAACUAAAGGGAUUAUUUUAAAUUCAUUCGCGGAGCUCGAAUCUCACGCUGUCAAUUUUCUGUUGAAUGAUGAUGAUAUUCCUCCUGUUUAUGCAGUUGGACCGGUGAUUGGUCUCGAGAGUGAGAGACAGUUAAGCUUAGAAGAGGCACGCUGCCAUGAGAUCAUGAAAUGGCUGGAUGAUCAGCCUGAUUCAUCAGUUGUUUUCUUGUGCUUCGGAAGCCGGGGCAGCUUUAGAGAAGAGCAAGUGAAAGAAAUUGCAAGCGGCCUGGAGCAAAGUGGGGUGAGGUUUUUGUGGUCACUGAGAAGGCCACCACCAAAAGGCAAACUUGCAACUCCCAGUGAGUACACAAGCGAUCUCCAGGAAGUAUUGCCACAUGGGUUCAUGGAGAGAACAAAGCAGAUGGGCAUGGUGUGCGGAUGGGCACCGCAGAAGGCGGUGUUGGCUCAUAAAUCAGUAGGAGGAUUUGUGUCACAUUGUGGAUGGAAUUCAGUCUUAGAGAGCCUGUGGUUCGGUGUUCCAAUUGCAACAUGGCCAAUGUAUGCAGAGCAACAGAUUAACGCAUUCCAACUGGUGAAAGAUCUGGGACUGGCUGUGGAGUUGAAAAUGGAUUACAGAGACACCAGUGGAGAAAUUGUGUCAGCAGAAGAAAUAGCAAGAGCCAUAAAAUCCGUAAUGGAGAGUGACAGUACGGUGACAAAAAGAGUUAAGCAGGUGAGUGAAAAUGCCAGAUCAGCUGUAACUGAAGGUUCUUCCUUUUCUGCAUUAGGACUCUUGCUUGAAGAUAUAACAAAAAACAUGGCUUGAAGAUCAAAACGAUCAAAAGUAUUUGUUAUC